AUGAAGGGAUCUGGGUUGUUAAAAUCGUCAAUUGUGGUAAAAACCGCCGGGAUUGCCUUCAUAGCACUAUCUUUUUUCUAUUUAGGUAAGCAUUGGUCCGAUGAUACUUAUCAGCAGUUGAUCUUUUUCAGUUCGAACUCGAGCCCAAAUGCGAAACCCCCUUCGAUUUCGGUUUCACCCAAUUUUAACAAAACCUUCGAUAUCAAGUCUUUAAUUAACGACACAACAGAGGUAGAAACAGUAGCAGAUCACACGCUAGCUGCAAUUCCGCCUGCAUCAUUGCUUUCUCCGCCACCUCCGCCACCGCCGCCGCCGCCGCCGACGGUGCAGAGGCUAGGGGUAGUGGAUGAGAAUGGGGUGAUGAGGGAUGAAUUUGAGGUGGGGGAGUAUGAUCCCGACGUGGGGGAGAAUCGGAAUAAUGAAACAAAAGUGGUGGAAGGUGAUAAAGGAGUUACGUUUAGGGUUCCGAAGUUUGAUACUUGUCCGGUGAGUAUGAGGGAGUAUAUACCGUGUUUAGAUAAUGAGGAGGCGAUUAAGGGGUUGAAAUCCACUGAGAAAGGGGAGAAGUUCGAGCGGCAUUGUCCAGAGAAAGAUAAGGGAUUGAAUUGUUUGGUACCAGCGCCAAAGGGUUACAAAGCCCCAAUUCCUUGGCCAAGAAGUCGUGAUGAGGUGUGGUACAGUAAUGUUCCACAUGCACAGCUUGCUGAAUAUAAGGGUGGUCAAAAUUGGAUUACUGUAGACAAGGAUAAAUUUAAGUUUCCGGGAGGUGGUACACAGUUCAUUCAUGGGGCAGACCAGUACUUGGACCAGAUUUCACAGAUGAUCCCUGACAUUGCAUUUGGACGCCAUACCCGGGUUGCAUUAGAUGUUGGAUGUGGUGUGGCAAGUUUCAGUGCCUAUCUAUUUUCACGGAAUGUACUCACCAUGUCUGUUGCACCAAAAGAUGUUCAUGAGAACCAAAUUCAAUUUGCACUAGAACGUGGUGUGCCUGCCAUGGUGGCAGCUUUUGCAACAAGGCGACUAUUAUAUCCGAGCCAGGCUUUUGAAUUAAUUCAUUGCUCAAGAUGUAGAGUCAAUUGGACCCGUGAUGAUGGGAUUUUGCUACUUGAGGUCAAUAGAUUGCUAAGGGCCGGAGGAUAUUUUGCUUGGGCAGCACAACCAGUUUAUAAGCAUGAACCACUUCUUGAAGAACAAUGGGAAGAGAUGAUCAACCUUACAACUCGUCUUUGCUGGAAUCUUGUGAAGAAAGAGGGAUAUAUUGCAAUAUGGCAGAAACCCCUUAACAACAGUUGCUAUUUAAGUCGUGAAUUGGGGACCCAACCACCAUUGUGUGACGAGGAGGAUGAUCCAGACGAUGUUUGGUAUGUUGGCCUGAAGCCAUGUAUUUCUCGACUGCCUGAGGACUUAUCUGGAGCAAAUAUUACCACAUGGCCUGAACGACUGGAUAAUCCUCCGGAGAGACUCCAAAGCAUAAAACUUGACGCCUAUGUAUCGAGAAAAGAUCUCUUUAGGGCAGAAUCCAAAUACUGGAAAGAAAUAAUAGAUAGCUAUGUACGAGCUUUACGCUGGAAAACCUACAACCUUAGAAAUGUUCUGGACAUGAGAGCCGGGUUUGGAAGUUUUGCAGCAGCCUUGAUUAACAAUCAAGUAGAUUGUUGGGUUAUGAACGUUGUUCCUGUUAGUGGUCCCAACACCUUGCCUGUCAUCUAUGAUCGUGGACUUCUCGGAGUUAUGCAUGAUUGGUGUGAGCCAUUCGAUACAUACCCAAGAACCUAUGAUCUCUUGCACGCAGCUGGCCUCUUCUCGAUUGAGCAAAAAAGAUGCAACAUUUCUAGCAUCAUGGUUGAGAUGGAUAGAAUUCUGAGACCUGGGGGACGUGUGUACAUUCGUGAUUCCAUUUCGGUGAUGAAUGAACUUGAAGAGAUAGGGAAGGCGAUUGGAUGGCGUGUAAUGCUACGUGAUACAGCUGAGGGUCCUCACGCAAGUUAUAGAGUUUUGACAUGUGACAAAAACCUGCGGUAGCAAGGGCAAACUGUAGGGUCCCGUUUGAUUAAUCGAGGUACACAUCAUACGUAUUUUGAUAAUUUUAUUCUUUGAUAGCAAACUGCUUGAUGGUCCUAUUUGUUUGGUAGAAAACUACAGAGGAUAAAGUGUCGGUUUUUUACAAGCUCUAUAGUUGUAGUCUUGUGUAUCAUAGUCGGGUAACCGCAUUUUGUGGUUACUCCUUACAUUAUGUGCAGAAUUCUGGAUUCAAAACCAUCUGAUGCAACCCUUUUUCUCCA